UGUGAAGAAAACUAUUUUUAAACUUCUGUGACCCGCUCAGAAUCUCCUCCCCGCACAUGAUUUCUGCCUCCGCUUCUGUCCCGUGUUCCAUAGUUCCGAGGCUCCGUGAACGCGGCGGCAGGAGCUCAUCUGUUGGACGCAGGGAAACUAAUCAGCGGAGCCAAGUUAAGACUUCAGCCCGCGGUGCUAGCUCCCUGUCGGGCUAGCGAGAUCCACAAGCCCCCGGAACCAGCAGACACUGUGUGGAAGUUCCAGCAACAGUCAUCCGCACGGGAAUAGCCAUGUUUUAGAAAAGUUUUAGCGCAGUGGAAAGUACCGGGGCGGGUUGCUUAGUGGUAUCCAGCUGGAGGGACUCGCUCUCGGCUUAGCACUUUGCCGUUAGCCGUGGGGAAAAAUAAGUGCAAAAACAUGGACCUGGACGAAGUAGUUCUGUACCACGACGACUCGGGCAACUCCGCCGUCAUGUCCGAGCGCGUCUCCGGUCUGGCCAGCUCCAUCUACCGGGAGUUCGAGCGGCUCAUCGAGAAGUACGACGAGGACGUGGUGAAGGAGCUGAUGCCGCUGGUGGUGGCCGUGCUGGAGAGCCUGGAGACGGCGUGCGGAGUGAGCCAGGAGCGGGAAGUGGAGCUGGAGCUUCUGAAGGAGGACAACGAGCAGCUGGUCACGCAGUACGAGAGGGAGAAGGCGCUAAGGAAGCACGCCGAGGAAAGGUACAUGGCCAUGGAGGACUCUCAGGAGGGGGAGAAGAAGGAGCUGCAGGUCAGAGUCAUCUCUCUUGAGUCUCAGGCCCGACAGCUGGAGACCAAGACCAAGAACUAUGCAGACCAAAUCAGCAGAUUUGAGGAGAGAGAGGCGGAGCUCAAGAAAGAGUAUAAUGCACUUCACCAGAGACACACAGAGAUGAUCCACAGUUACAUGGAGCACUUGGAGAGGACUAAACAUCUGCAUGGACCUGCCCCAGAGCCCACAGAGUCUGGUCCCACAAAGACAAGGAGGGAGCGUCCCAUCUCCAUCGGCCUGUUCCAGCUUCCUGCACCAGACGGCGUGACCCCUGACCCCCACAGACAGCCAGAGGACGCGGCCGAACUGUGGAGAUACAACAACCUCAGUCACACGCGCUCCAACACUAGCCUCAAGGAUGAGAUGUCCAGUGCAAGCCAUAGCUCUAAGUCCGGCUCUCCAUCCAAAUCCACAUUCCCCAAGUCCAACAGCUCCUCUCAGGGCCCAGCGUCCAGUCUGAGGGGAGGGGCGACCACACCGGCCUCCUCAACAGCACCUUCAGACGUCACCAUGGAGACAGCGGCAACACCCAGUCAGGAGAGAGGAUCCUCAGACGGACUCCACAGAAACUUGGACGGCAAGAUCGGCAAACCAGACAGCAAUAAAGAUCUCACCGGUGUCCAGAGAACUCAGGGUUCUUCGCUUAAUGAUGAAGAUGGAGCAGACGAGCUGGAGAAGUCCGCAGUGCAGGCCAUCAUUGAGUCCACUCCUGAGCUGGACAUGGAGCUGGAAGGCCUGAAAGCCACAAGUACGCCAGCUAAAGGGGGUGUAGAGAACCUGGCGUUUGACCGUAACACAGACUCUCUGUUUGAGGAGCUGUCCUCUGCUGGGAACGACCUGGUGGGAGACGUGGAUGAGGGAGCCGACCUGCUGGGUAUGGGAAGAGAAGUGGAGCAUCUCAUCCAAGAAAAUGCCCAGCUGCUCGAGACCAAAAAUGCCUUGAACGUGGUGAAGAAUGACCUGAUAGCCCAGCUGGAUGAUCUGGCUUGUGAGAAGGAGGUCCUGCAGGGAGAGCUGUUGGCUGUGGCCCAGGCCAAGAGCAAACUGGAACAGAGGAAUAAGGAGCUAGAGGAGGAGCUGAAAAAGCUUCGGACUGAGCUAGAGGAGACCAAACGCAAGGUGAAGAACGACAAUGAAGAUGAUAGCGACGUGCCCACAGCCCAGAGGAAGCGCUUCACUCGGGUGGAGAUGGCUCGUGUGCUGAUGGAGAGGAACCAGUACAAGGAGAGACUGAUGGAGCUGCAGGAGGCAGUGCGCUGGACUGAGAUGAUCCGAGCCUCCAAGGAGAACCCCAGUCUACCAGAGAAGAAGAAAUCCAGCCUGUGGCAAUUUUUCAGCCGUUUGUUCAGCUCGUCCGGAGGAGGAGCCAAGAAGCCCUCAGCGGAGUCCCCGGUCAACGUCAAAUACAACGCCCCCACCUCCCAGGUCCAGCCCUCGGUGAAGAAGAAGAGCAGCACCCUCCAGCAGCUGCCCAGUGACAAGAGCAAGGCCUUCGAUUUUCUCAAUGAAGAAGCUCCUGCUGAGAGCGUGUCCCGCCGUGAGCAGAAGAGGGCGCAGUACCAGCAGGUCAAAGCUCACGUUCAGAAAGAGGAUGGAAGGGUCCAGGCCUAUGGCUGGAGUCUGCCCAAGAAGUACAAGGCCAAUGGAGGACAGGCUGAGGGGAAGAUGAAGAACCUGCCUGUGCCUGUGUUCCUCAGACCUCUGGAUGAGAAAGAUGCUUCUAUGAAGCUGUGGUGUGCUGCUGGAGUGAACCUGUCUGGAGGCAGGACCAGAGACGGGGGCUCUAUAGUAGGAGCCAGUGUGUUCUACAGCGACGCUCCUACUCCUGACAGCCCCCGGAACAAGACAAACAGCAGCCUGGACCAGCUUGACCAGGAGCUCAAGGAUCAGCAGAAGGAGCUGAGGCAGCAGGAGGAGCUGUCAUCUCUGGUGUGGAUCUGCACCAGCACUCAGGCCUCCACCAAAGCUGUGGUCAUCGACGCCAACCAGCCCGGCAACAUUCUGGAGAGCUUCACCGUGUGCAGCUCCCAUGUGCUCUGCAUCGCCAGUGUGCCAGGAGCCAGAGAGACGGACUACCCCGCAGGAGAGGAGGUGUGUGUGAAUUCGGGACCCUCCAAGGACCCCUCCUCCUGCACCAGCCCCACUCCAGGAGAGGAGGGCCUGCUGGGGGGCAUCACCGUGGUGGGCUGUACGGCCGAGGGCUCUGCCGCACCACAGAGUCCAGUGAAGACCAACGGAGACUCCAGACAAGAGGAGGCGACAGAAGCCGUGGAGGGGAGCCCCACAGAUGCAGACAGGAGAGGCAGUCUGAGAGGAGUGUACACGGAGCACAUCUUCACUGACCCGCUGGGAGCAGAGACCAUACAUGGGACCAGUGAUGUGAAGGACAGUGGGGAGCAGGGUGCAGAGGAGGAGCAAGACCUGAGCAGAGAGGAGGCUCAGAGGAUGAGCAGCGUGCAGCCAACCAUGUGGCUCGGGGCGCAGAACGGAUGUAUAUACAUCCAUUCUUCCGUGGCUCAGCGGAAAAGGUGUCUCCAUUCUGUGAAACUCAAGGACUCUGUGUUGGGCAUAGUUCAUGUGAAGGGCCGGGUGCUGGUGGGGCUGUCAGACGGAACUAUCGCCAUUUUCCACAGAGGGGCCGACGGGCAGUGGGACGUGACCAACUACCACCUGAUAACCCUGGGCCGGCCUCAUCACUCCAUCCGCUGCAUGAGCGUGGUCCACGACAAGGUGUGGUGUGGCUCCAGGAACAAGAUCUACGUGGUGCACCCCAGAGCCAUGAACAUCGAGAAGUGCUUUGACGCCCACCCUCGUAAGGACAGUCAGGUGCGUCUCAUGGCCUGGGAGGGGGACGGCAUCUGGGUGUCCAUCCGCCUGGACUCCACACUGCGUCUUUUCCACGCACACACACACCAGCACCUGCAGGACGUGGACAUCGAACCCUAUGUCAGCAAGAUGUUAGGUACAGGAAAGUUAGGCUUCUCCUUCGUCAGAAUCACAGCCCUCACCAUCUCCUGUCAGCGCCUGUGGAUCGGCACGGGCAAUGGAGUCAUCAUCUCCAUCCCCCUCACAGACACAGCCAACAAGACGUCCAAAGGCUCCUCCGGCCCGGGGAGUGUGGUGCGAGUGUAUGGGGAUGAGAGUGGAGACAAGGUGCAUGCUGGCACUUUUGUGCCCUACUGCUCCAUGGCUCACGCACAGCUCUGUUUCCACGGACACAGAGAUGCCGUCAAGUUCUUCACGGCUGUCCCAGGUCAGUCCGUCCCAUCGUGGAGCGGAAUGGAGGCAGGAGACAAGCCCCAGGACCCCAGUGCUCAGGAAGGAGGCAGGUCCACUCUGGUGAUGAGCGGAGGGGAGGGCUACAUCGACUUCAGGAUGGGCGACGAGGAGGGCGACGGCGGCGAGGGGGAGGAGCCAGUGGUCAAGCUGCAGCCCAAAGCCGAGCGCAGUCACCUGAUCGUGUGGCAGGUGAUGCACAACUCCCAGUGACCUCCUCCUCCCGUCGCCUCUGCGGGCGCCACGGCAACCAGACUAAAGAAGAGCACUUUCCUGUCCGCAUCUGUGGCCUACCAUAGCGACACUGGAAAGAAGGAAUACACACACGAGUAUUUUUUUUACUUAUUUAUUUUAUCUGGAGUGAUUUUUUUAAAUUUAAAUUUCUAUUCUGGCAGAUAAUUUUGUUUGAAAAAAGAAAAAUCUAUAGAUAUAUGUUAAGUAUUCUUGGCCUAAUCCGUGAAUACACAAUGCGAAUAUUCCAAAUUUCAGAAUGACAUCAGGUAUUCCUUUUUUGCAGUGUCUUCUUUUAACUACUUUAUUCACACAAUAUUUGUAGCACGUUAAAAUGCCUCUAAUAAUUUAAUUUGAGCUUAAGACAUUUUUUGUAAAUUAUACUUAUUUUUAAAUUUGACAGUGGGUGUAUACAAAUGGGCCUCUUUUAUGCAAAACAAUCUGUACCAGUCUCCAAACAAUUCUAUGAAAGUCCAGAGACAAAAUGUUGAAAAACACACAAGAUUUUAAAAUUCAUAUAGAAUUUAAAAGCUCUGUACCGGAUUUUUACGAUCUUAAAAGGACAGUCUGAAAUUUUGGACACAGGAUCUCAUUUCCUAGUUAGCCAGAGGGUUAGAAAUGUCUGAACACUUUUUAAAAUAUUCCAUCCAAUCCUUGUAUUUGCAGAGGUCGCUGGGGCUACGGCCGUAAUUACCCUGCCACUAAAAACAGUCUUACCCACUCCACAAAACGCCCAAAGCAAAACAAUUAUAACGCCAGACUGUUGAUGUGAAUGUCUGUGUCGAUAGAAUAAUUUUAGAAGUAAAACCAACCUUGAAUUUUAAGGAUUUCAGUCUGAGCAGCAGCAGUGAGUUGUACUUCCUGAUAGAAAGUUUGGCAGCAGCAGACAGAUAUCACCUAGAACCUGUUUUACCUGUCGUAAGUCAUCAUCACUCAACCAGUAGACUACCAUCAUGAAAGGAGCAAGCUCGAGUACAAACCUGUUCUUCAUCAGAGGCUGUUGGUGCACCUAGAAAGACAGAUGGCACUGCAGUCAUUUUCAGAAAAGACUUUAUAUAUUUUGAACUUUGUGAAAUUGUCUGGACUGAAAUGAUCACUACAGAUCAGCCGGUUAGGUAGAGUCUCCAUUGUUGUGUCCAUGUCCAAUCCAGCAGCUAGAAGCCAGAGUUUUGUUCUUUCAGGAUCUUUUACUGAAAGAACAAAACUCUCAAGUGGUGUAAACUUUAUGGUGCCCAUCUGCAUUUACUAUUUUUGCAAUUGGUAAAUGCACACUGAUUUACCAUGUUGCCACGUCGUUGGUUUGUAAUCCACUGGUCGGUCCAACUGUAGCAGGACUGCCGUAAAUUCCGAACUAUAAGCCGCUACUUUUUUCUCACACUUUGAACCCUGCGGCUAAUAAAACCAUGCGAUGAAUAUAUGGACGGAUUCUUUGUUUGGCACAUUGUUCAUUCAUAUAUACACUCUAUGGUUUGGCAACACGGCGGAUACGCACAGAAAUGAGUCGAUGGUGAGAUUUUGAUGACGGCAGCGUGACAAACUGCAAAAAGACGACAAAAGAUUUCAGAGGCGAUAAAAGCAGACGGUCUGAACUUGAAAACGUUCUUGAAGACGUGGACACCUGCGGCUUAUAUUCAAGUGCGGCCUAUAUAUGUACAAUUUUUAAAGUUACUUAAAUUUAAUUGAUGUGGCUUAUACUGAGGUGCAGAAUUUACGGUAGCUACAACAAGUCUCACAAUUCUGUUGACGUGAGUUGAGUAGAGCAAAGUAAAUUUCUGUAGUCCUUCAACGUGCGACGAUUCAUGCGAUGCAAAGUUGUUUUUAUUUCAAACAUUAUUCUAUCAACACAGACAUUUACAUGGACAGUCUGGUGUAAUAAUAGAUUUGUUUUGGGUGUUUUGUGGAGUGGGUAAGACUGUUUAUAGUGGCAGGAUAACUAUGACCAUUGACAUGCACUAGCCUAGCACCAGCGACCUCUGCAAAUACAAGGACUGGAUGGAAUAUUUCAAAAAGUGUCUCCACAUGUCUCCAACACUCUAGCUCACUAGGAAAUGACGUCCUAUGUGCAAAAUUCCGGCUUGUCCCUUUAAAAGCAAUCUAAAAAAGCAGCAAUUUCAGUGAACCGAAGUUAUACCUCACUUACCUUAUGCAUUCUGAAGAUUAUUCACACAAUUAUUCACUGCUAUGAGUUUACUUUUCACAACUUUCAGAGACCAGAGCAGAGUUUUGACAUGAUAAAGCUAACAACAACAACACACUUCCUGAUUCUCAGACAAUAAAAUGCUUUACAAUUAGAUAAAGCCAGUACAGCGUGGACCUCAAGAGCUGCUUUUACAAUAUAUCGGACACGUUUUGCUCAAAUACACGAGGGGAAAAUCAUGUACAGAGCCUUUAAAAUAGUUUGAAACCAAAAAGUAUUUCAAUGAAUUAACCUAAUUUGCUGUAGUACAAUUUGUCAUUUCAGAAAAUCCUUUGCAACAGAUUUUUAUUUCUUAGUAUAAUUGCUCUCAUUAACCAGUUUUCUUCCAGAUCACAUUUUGCAUUUUGUUUCAACGUUUUUCAGAAUCCGAGUAUUCCUGGUGGUAUUCUGUUCAUUUGUCCCGACCGCUGCCUUAGGUAUCAACAUUUAAAAUCUCUAUUUAUUUAGUCUCCUUAGAAUGUUGUGUUCGAAACCAAAGGAAAAACUCUAAUAUGAAUUUGUGACUUGUGCGUCUGCCUCGAUGUCGAUUUUGUAAUGUAGAUAGACAGGUCUAUUUUUCAGAAUUUCGUACGUGGAAAUCGUCGGAGAACUAUUUUUUGAAAGAAAAUGAAACGGACUAUCACAAAUGUUGUCAAUGUCAUCAUAUCUGGUUUGCCAUUGAACUCUUAUUGUUCAUUUGUAAUGUUUUGCUUUUAAAGGAACUGCGUGGAAGGUUUUGAUUUUAAAUGGCGUUUUCGUGACUUAACUGUGCUCCUAGAUAUUCUGAAUUACAAAAACAUAAUAACAUGAGGCUGAAAUCCAGUUGGUUUGAAUCUAAAAGGACUCGCUCUGAUCUGAACUAGUAUCGAAAACUAGAAACUAAAUAUUUAAGUAAGUAUCGAUACUGGAAAAGAAUCGCACAACUGGAUAAAAUUGGACCUUUCCUGAACAGUUUUAGCUGGACUUUUAUCAGGACUAGUAGAUGUUCACCACAUACUAUUAUUUGUUGUUGAAAAUCACAAAUUUCUCUAAACAAAAAAAAGCUUUUACAGUUUUAAUGUGCUUAUCAAAAUCUGUAUUGAGUAUCGAGUAGUAGCUGUUUAAAAAGUGCACAGACCACAUACAGUUCCUUUAAAGUGGGCAGCCAUUUUGUGUUGAAGUAUUCUAGUAUCUUGUCAUUCGUUUGCGUGAGAGAGUGAGUGAGGGGGGGUGUCGCUUUUAGCCAUGUCAGUAUUUAUUUCAAUGAUUGAGCCUUUGCAAUUCAGAAUGUAUCUUUGUACAAUGAAAAUACCAUGAUGCUGUUUGUACGGAAACUGAACAUGCAGUGAGAUGUUUUGUUGAAUUUGACUUUGUAUAUUUACUAAACUAUGCACUAUCAACCAGCCAAA